ACUGGUGAUAUUCCAGCAAUUACAAAAGUUUUAAAUUUACCAGGCCACAAUUCUUACAUGGCUUGCUACUUCUGUAAUAUUCAUAGUAUAUAUAAUAAUCAUAUUUAUUAUCUAUUAAAUUCUAAUUUACGAUCUUCAUCUCAUGAUCUUAUUAAUCUUUCAAUGCGAUCAUAUGAAGAAUAUAAUAAAGAUGUUAUAACAAUUAAACAAUUGCAGUUUGAAUCUGAUAAAAAUAGACAAAUAAACUUGCGAG